AAUGCCUCGUUGCCAGUUGCAAAGAAUGGCAACUACUAGUGGAAAAGUGAUAUUUCCGGUUGCGCUUGGCCGUUGCAGUUGCCAACACAGAGUUGGUCAACUUUUUACUUUUUGGCAACAGCAACUGGCAAUCGCAGCACGUCAGCCAAUCAAGUGUCGUGCAUUUUAGAAAAAACGCGAAGAGUGAAACCAAGUGAAAUAAGUUGUGAAAUGUAGGUUAUAUGAUUUUCGGUGUUCUUUUCCAAAUAUUUUUGUAUUUUAUUUUGUUAAUAUUUUAAUAAUUUAUGAAAAUGGAAGAAACAUACGAUUUGGAUACGUUUGAAGAAGUAGAAGAAUGGAAUGAAUCCGAAAUACGAUCGCUCAUUACACUAAUAAAAGCGAAUGAAUUUUUAGUUAAUAAGACCAAUAAAGAUUUUUUUAAUAAAGAAAAAAAAAAUAAUGCUUGGAAAAUAAUAGGAAAUUUACUACAUAAAACAGAAGUAGAAGUGCAAAGGAAAUGGAAAUCAUUGAGAACUGUAUUCAGCCGCAAAUUAGCGCAAUUGAAGGAAAAAGUGCCAAGUGGGAGUGGAGCUGCUAAAGAAAAGUCAACAAAUAUUGAAUGGGAGUACUGGGGUGACAUGCAGUUUCUUAUACCACAUAUGCGUCAUAAGUCAAACAGAACAUCAAAUUUUUAUAAAAAGCCAUUUUUAGCUUCUUCUACAACUAGUGGACCUUUGGCUUCUACAACUAGUGGACUUUUGGCUUCUCCUUUAAACAAUAAAAACUCUGUUCUUAAAUCAUCCUCGGAACCAUUUAAAAACACAAUGAAAUGUACUGCACCUGAAUCGUCUUUGCAGAAUACAAAUGUGAUAGAUUUUGAAUUUUCAAAUUUUGCACCAGUUCUCACUGAGACACUAAACAGUGAAACAUUGCUUUCUUCAGAUGACUCUUUUUCACAUGUUGAAUCAUUGUCAGCAAGCAGCAUUGAACAAAAGAUAUCUCUGUCUGAAACUGAAGAUAAGAAAUAUUUAUCUAAUAUGAAAUGUAAACGUAAAGCUCCCACACCAGAUAAAUUCCAUAUUAAAAAAAAGAAAGAACUUGAUUUUUGCUCUGCUCGUAUGUCAGAAGCUUCUCACUAUUUGAAGGAAACACUUGACACAGUAAAACAAUCCUUAAAGGAACCAAAUGGAAGUGACGAUCUUCAAUAUUUAUCUUGUCUUCUGCCUACAUUUAAAAAUUAAAUGAUGAUCUAAAGACUGAAUGUUUAAUGACGUUGUUGAAUGUUGUAAAAGAAUAUGGAAGUAAGAACAAACAACAAUGAAAAAUAUGGAUGGAGAGUAACUUAUAUAUGAUUUUUAGCCUAUACUCUAUUUUUUUUAUUUUAUGCC